GGAGAGGGGGGAAAAAAAAUCAUGAGGUCAGUAAGCAAGUGGGCCUGAAACCCUGGCAAAGGUACAGUGGCUGCCUCCUGGUGAUGUGCUGUGGGAAAAAGGGGAGUCUGUCCCUUCUUCUCUUCCCAAAGCCCUGCUUGCAUGGAGAGGGUCGUGUGCCUGAGAAGGGAUGCCUGCGGUGUGUAGGGAGCUGAGAUGGGGGUGUGAGAUCAGCUUGGAUGAGGCUGGGGAGAAGUUGUUUGUCUGCCAUGGGAAAACCCCCUGUGGGUAUGUGGAGAGGGUUAGAAUAGGGCAGUGGACCGCAGUGUCAUCUCCCUUACAUCUUGAUACUGCUAGGCCUUGGGAGAUGUCAUUGCUCCCUGACCCUGAGAUUUACAGGGGAAAGGUGGUCAACUGGACUUUGCAGCUGGGAUAGUGGAUGUGGUUAGUGGUAUUUUGCAGACUCGUUUUAAGUAGGAAGAGAAAAAAAACACUAAAUUUUUUUGCAGUGAGAUCCUUUGUGCUGCCUUUCAAAGGGAGCUUGAGUAGAUGCUAAGAAAUCAUCAGUGGUUACAUCACUUCCAAAGCAGCUACUGCAGGCACCUGCCAGCUUUGUCCCACUGCCACCCUGGGGGAUCAUUAGUGCUCCAAAUUCCUCACCCUUGGAGAAAGCUUGCAUUUCUCGCUAGCAGGGAGAAGCCACUAUGCAGUUUAUGAUGCUGUGAGUGGCAGGAGGGGGUCAGUAGAUGGGCUGACGUUCACAAUAGAUGGAAUAGAGCAGGGGGACACAUCCUGGAGUUUUUCUAACCCCAUUCCAUUUGCUAAGCUAGGUUCAUCAGCCUGUGCCAGACCGGAGCAUCUUUCUGGGAGUGAGCUAAGGGUGCUGCAGUAGCAUCGCCUCAGGCCGGAGACGCAGCCGUUGCCUGGCAGCUGCAGGUUUCCAGGGAAACCAGAGGUGCUAACUUGUUAAUGAGCCUCGUGUCCCUGAUUGCUUCUGCAAAAUAAUAAUAAUUAGUAAUAGGCCCGUGAUUUAGGAAUCCCUUAAACAGCAUGAGCCUACUGAGUGGAGUUCUCUAAGUGCCGAAGCCCUUGAAAGAAAUGAGGGGAUAGGGAGGUAAAAAAGGGUGGAGGGCUUGGCAAAAGUGCCACGUUUUAAAUCUUAGGUGUCUGGAGAUCUGGAGGCCAGGGGGAUCCUGCAAGCAUCUCAGUGAUAUGCCUAGGGCUGGUCGUAAGGCUUACACAAAUGCCAGAUGCAUGGAGGAGACCUGGCCAGAUAACAUCUCACUGCAGGGCCCAGAGACACAGGUAUUUCCCCAGCUGGGCUGCAGAGGUCCCCAGUGGAGACAGCAGUUCUUGAGGAACAGCUGUUUUCGUUGGUUACUGGGGACAAAUGAGAGGGCAUAUCUCUGUGGUGCUCUUAUGCCUUGGUAAACUCAACUUGGAGAUGCCACCAGAAGAGUGCGUUUCUGGGAUGAGCAUUACAGGGAGCAUGCUGUAGAUCCAGUCUUACUUACAUGAUUGUGGGGUCCACAGCGGGCUGAGGACCCCUGAUUAAUGCACCCGGAAGGAGAUCAUGGGACGGGAAGUCCCAUGACAAUAUAGGACCAUGCAUGAAAGUAGCACUAUCCAUUCACAGAUUGUUUGUGUAUAAGCUAAUCCAAUCAUGCGGAGACGCGUGUGUUAAUCAAGGGUAUAAGAAGCGCGCGUAAGAUCAAGCACCGGCCGGCCAGCCCUGUAACUUCAAUAAAGAAACUUGCUUCCACAUCACCGUGUCGUGACUCAACAGCGACACAUGAUGAAAAUACAUUCAUGGGGUCCGAGCUUCUUCCUGCAGCAGAGCUGGCCUGCCCAAGGCAGCGAGGGAAGCAUCUCCUCAACUGGACCACGUGUGGAGGGUUCAGCACCAUGAAUUGGCAUACUGGGUGUUAGCAGUGUGAAGAGACCAGGACGGGUGCUGCCCUGCUCACCCCUUGCCCCCUUGCUCGUUCCCCUUGAGGAUACGGGUGCUGGCAUCCCUGUCCUGCCCUUUUGUCCUUGUCCCCCACUCACCAUAGAGGGGACGGGCCCGUUAUGGCUGGAGACAGGCUCCCACGCAAGGUGAUGGAUCCAAAGAAGCUGGCCAGCCUUCUGAGGAACGGAGCGGAGGGCACUUUGGUCAUUGACAGCCGCUCCUUUGUGGAGUACAACUCCUGGCACGUCCUCAGCUCUGUCAACAUCUGCUGCUCCAAGCUUGUUAAGAGGAGGCUCCAGCAGGACAAGGUCUCCAUCACGGAGCUCAUCCAGCCCGCUUCCAAGAUGAAGGUGGAGGCGGAGGAGCACCAGGACGUGGUGGUCUACGAUCAGAGCACACGGGAUGUGACCGGCUUGGCUGCCGACAGCUUUCUCUCCAUCCUUCUGGGCAAGCUGGACAGUUGUUUCCACAGUGUCUCCAUCCUCACAGGAGGCUUUGCCACCUUCUCAUCCUGCUUCCCAGGGCUCUGCGAGGGAAAGCCAGCUGCCAUCCUGCCAAUGAGCAUCUCCCAGCCAUGCUUGCCCGUGGCCAACAUCGGCCCAACACGCAUCCUGCCGCAUCUCUACCUGGGCUCCCAGAAAGAUGUCCUAAACAAGGACUUAAUGACACAGAAUGGGAUAAGCUAUGUUCUCAACGCCAGCAACUCAUGUCCCAAGCCGGACUUCAUCUGUGAUAGUCACUUCAUGCGCAUUCCUGUCAAUGACAACUACUGUGAGAAGCUGCUUCCCUGGCUGGACAAAUCCAUUGAAUUCAUUGACAAGGCCAAGGUAUCCAGCUGCCAGGUGAUUGUGCACUGCUUGGCCGGGAUCUCCCGGUCAGCCACCAUUGCCAUCGCCUACAUCAUGAAGACCAUGGGUAUGUCAUCAGAUGAUGCUUACAGGUUUGUUAAGGACCGUCGCCCAUCAAUCUCGCCCAACUUCAACUUCCUGGGUCAGCUCCUGGAGUACGAGAGGAGCCUGAAGCUCCUCAAGGCCCUGAAGUCAAAGGGCGACCGGGGUGAGGGGGAUGCCCAGCAGGACCUGGCAGAGGCGGCUGAGGGUGGCCGGCACCCACCACCACCUACCUCAGAGAAGGCCGAGGAGGUGCCAAGACGCACCGGCUCGGUGUCCCCCAGCAGCGACCCCGAGCGACAAGGUGGGACCCCGAAGGUCCUGUCACCCACCACCCUACAGCAGGGGCUCAACGGCUUGCACCUCUCCUCUGACCGCAUCCAGGACACCAAUCGCCUGAAACGUUCCUUCUCCCUGGACAUCAAGUCUGCUUACUCCCCCGGCCUGCGGCAGGAGCCCCCUGGACCCUCCGGCCCUGGGGACGCCCCCAAACUCUGCAAGUUAGACAGCCCAUCAGGCGCUGGUGGCCUCAGCCCUUUCUCCCCAGGGGCAGACAGCCCUGACCGGCCGAGUGCACCUGACCUCCUGCUGGAGGCCAAGGUGAGGCAGCGGCGGAAGCACCGGCACCCGGCAGGCUCCCCAGCCCACGGGCUCAGCCUCAAUGUUGCUGGGGUGUGUGCUGCACGCAAGAGCCCCAGCACUGAGGACGGGCUGCCACCACGGCUCGGCCAGCCAGCUGCUGCUCCUGGCACCACCGCCACCUGGAGUGGGGUGCACCUGGAGUCCCCCAGCACCCCCUCCGGUGAGGCCGGCUGGUACUUCGGCACGGACUCUGGCAGCACUGGCAGUAGCGGCGGGAGCCUGUUUGCGGGCACCAGCUCAUAUCCACCGCCAUUCGGCUGCGGUGGGGUGACGGGCAGCUGUGAGAUCAGACUGAGGGACAAGGCACGAGCUGAGCCACGGGAUGGGCGGCACAGCUGGCAUGAGGAAGCCGGUGCUGAGAAGCAGUUCAAGCGGAGGAGCUGCCAGAUGGAAUUCGAGGAGACCAUGUCUGAGGGCAGGGCCCGGGAAGAGCUGGGCAAAAUUGGCAAACAGUCCAGCUUUUCGGGCAGCAUGGAGAUCAUUGAGGUGUCCUGACACCCACCCGGGGUGUCCGGAGAGCAGGGACGGGGACAGGGCAGGGGGCUAUUUAAGCUGGGGGGAGAAGGGAGGGGGAUGGUGGGGUUUAGGGAGGGAGUAUUUAUACCCAUGCGUGCAUUUUUGGGAUCGCACGUGAUGAAACGGAAGUGAAGGCAAAUUAGUCUUUCCAGAGUCAGGAAACAUAAUGGUGGAUGCUUAGUGUCCCUCCUGCACCUGCCCUGGUCCUUCCUCCCACAUCUGCAGGGGAUCCCAGCCCUUGGAGACCUGUGCUCAAAAUUUGGGCAUAAAAUAUGAGUGGCAAGGGGCAGGGGUUGCAAUCCUGGCUGUGGGGAUGGGGCACAGUGCCUGUGGAGGGACCACAGCUGCCCCUUCCAUGGACUCUGGUGCACUAAGCAUGCUCUCCAAUGUUUCUCUGGUUAAGUAACCUAAAAAUGCUGCACUGGAGCAGCCCUAUACAUAUAUAAAUAUAUAUUAUAUAUAAUAUAAAGAAAAAAAUGAAAACACACGCAAAGGAAAAGGUAAAUGGUUUUACUGCGAUUUUUAUUGAAACGUAAAUAAUAUUUCAAUUUUUUUGUUUUGUUUUUAAUUUAUUGAAGCUGUUCAUUCUGGCAAUGAUUUGCAGACAAUGUGGGGCGGUACUUUCAGCUCUAUUUUUACUGUGUAUGGUAUUUAAAUCUGAAAUACGAGUUUCUAAGCAAUA